AUGGGUUCCUGGAUGCCACUUACAUUUGUUAAUUUACUUCGAGAUAUUGGAAUUAGCUUUUUGGAAACACAGAUGUAUUUUAAAUUACUUAAUGUUCAUGCUGUAGCAAUGACUUCUGUUGUCUCUAAUCCUUUAUUAUAUUUUUAUAUGAGCAAAAGGCAUAGACGAGCUCUUCGCGAUGAUAUGUAUUGGUUAACAAAUGCACGUCGCCAACAAAAUCAACAUGUUGGCGGCCUUUUAGCCAAAUUUACUCCAAGUCCUUCUAUAGGGCUUUUAUACAAGAAAAGUUUAGAAAGGCAUAUACUUCAAAAUGCUACAGCUAAAUAUAAUCCUUAUAGACGGGGUACUUUAGCAGAUCCAACAACUCUUGGGAGAGAAAAAGCAUUACAAGAAAUGCAUGCAAACUGUUUUUUAUUGGUUCCAUUAAUGCCCCUUUGUGUUGCAAAUCAGCAACGUUUAGCAACAAAUCAAAGAGAAAUAUCUAAUAAUAAUAAUAUUAAUUUAAAUUUUAAACGACAAAAACAUCCUAAAUUUGUUUGUGAAGCUUGA